AUGGAUCUUGGCAAAGUCGCAACGAUCAUCCAGGCUCUGAACGCCUGCGAGGUGCUGUUCGGCGAUGUCAAGCCGAACCGCUUCGAAGUGAAGUCGUUCAAGAUGACGGAAGGCCAGAUCGAGCUGUUCGCCACAAAGGAUAACGCGGCUUCAUUUGAAACGUAAGCGAUUUUUUUAUUAUUUUUUGUAAUAGUAUAAUCUUUUCUAUUUUAUCUGUUUUCAGUGUCCCAAUCAAUUACACUGGUCCUGCUUUCAAAGAAAUUCAAUUGCAAAUGUCGAUCCAAGGAAACAAGACAAUUGUCGGAGGUCAAGUGGUCAAUGGUAUUUUGUAAGUUUGCGGCCUGGCCCGUUUGAGGAGGAACCGUUUAGACUUUUUUGGGCGCAUUUAGCGCACUCAUCUGGGGGAAAAACGAAAAUGGGGUUAGUUUAAGAAGCAACUUUUGAACAUCGCUUUUGGGCUAAUUCUAAAAAGGGGAUUUUUACCGAUUUGGGCACGGAUAUUGUCGCUUCUAGUUGAGUUAGUAUGAUCGUGCCGACCCAUCAUUUCAAUCAAAAAAAGAUCAAUCUUAUAUCAGUCUGUCGGGAAAAUAACGGCGGGUCGUCGCAGCAAAAUGUCUCGCCUCGCCGCUAUCGCAGCCCAAAUCCCAAGCCGCCGCUUGCAGUCGCAAAGCGUUGAUGAGGGAUUCCGAGGCGCGACGAUCCGCCGUUAUUUUUCCGAAAGACUGAUAGCUGCUUAUGUUUCCGUUAUUUUUUAGAAAUUGUGCGGUGAUUGGAGACGACAAGGAAUUGAUACAGGUCGCCAAUUGUAAUAAUGACUACUGCGCAUAUCUGUUUGAAGACGCGGUGUAUGUGAUCUUCAAUUCUCCUUCAAUGCAUUCUCAAGUGUACAAGGGUCCAGGGCAACUAGAUAUGGAAAAAAAACAGCCUAACAUCAGUUGCGCCCAUCGAUUUGGAGUGGAUGACGUGAAGCGUGCGUUUUACUUCAAGAAGAACGGCACAUGCAUGCAUGAGUUCUUUGACGGCUUCAAAAAUCCUUGGAGUCCAGCGGAAUGUGAUAGCUUCGUCCCUAUCACUUUGGAGCCGGACACUCCCACGCAAUUUUAUCAUCUGGUGAGUCUGUGGGAAAGUUUUAUAGAUUUUUUGGCGCUAUGAGAUACUAUAUAAUUGUUGUAUAAAUUUUUUGUUUCAGCGACACCUCAUGAUUGUAACCGGCUGCCAGAUGCCCCGAUUGAUCACGGAGAACAUGAUUGAUAACACCUUUAUACAGUUCACCUUCAUCGAUCCGACUGUGACAACAACGUGAGUUUUUGUGUUCAUAAUAUAUAUUAUCUCUGACUUUUCCAGCAUCUCCACGAGUACAACCAUUGAUGAGGCCGCGGAAAUGAGACUCCUUGCGCUGGUAGCCGGAUGUGUGGGAGGUGGAACUCUGCUUGUUUUGGUAGCUACCCUAAUCGCCGUUUUUUUGGUGAGUUUCCUGGAGUUUUUAUCUAUGCACACUUUAAUUUUUGUAUUUGAUUUAAAAAAUUUUUGACUUUUAAUUUUUUUUUGUUUCAGAAAUGCCUUGGGAUAAACAUUUGCUGCUGCAAGAAGAAGAAGAAGGUGGCCCCCAAGAAAGCGCCCCCCGUGCCCGUCCGAAGACCCCCACAGCCCUAUGACCUGUAUCCGGAGUACAGUAUGGACGAGAAGACGAAAAGCAUCAAAGCGGAGCCGAAGGUGGAAAAGAAAGUGGCAAAGAAGCCGCGAAAGAAGAAGGUGAAGCCGGAAGAGAAGCCGAAGGUGGUGCAGGGAAUUGACAGCAAAGAAGUGGACUGCGCUCAGGAUUCGAUGGGGUAAGUUUCUGCAGUUCAAAUUUUUUGAAAUUUAGGCUUGGACUGGAGAUUAAAAUCAAUUUGAAAUUUUUGAAUUUUUGUUCGAAAAGAUCUCCCCUUUUCUGAACUCUCCCCCUCAUUUUGAAAAUUGAAAAAUUGGGUGUGACAUGUUAUACGAUGGAAUUUUUUUCCAAUUGAAAAGAAUAAGAUGUGACAUGUUAUACGAUGGAUUUUUUUUUCAAAUUGAGAAAGAAAUUUCAUUAUAUAACAUGUCACACCUAAUUUUUUCAAUUUGACAAGGAAAGUACUUCUAUGGGGUGUGGAGUUACAGGUCGAGAUAUACAUCAAAAAAUUCGCAAAAAUUUUCUGAUUCAGAAUAUAUAAAAAUUAGCUGCCUAAUUUUGGUCUGAUGACAUGUUUUUGUCCUCAGAAGUUUUCUCGCGACACCAUGCAAGUGUCUUUUUGACCGUGUUUUUACCAAUAAAAAAUUUUUGUUUUGUGCUAAAAUAAAUUCUGAGGCCUUGACAAGCCUUAAAAUAUCAAAUUAGAUUACAACUACACCUUAGAAGUAGUUCCAACGUAAAAAAUAGGUUCUAGUGUGGCAAAAGGAAUCGAACCCGUCCCCUUCGGAUUCCCAAUCUAGCGCUCUAACCACUCGGCCACACCGCUCUCUUCCGAAGGAAGAGACCGAGCUCGCUUUUGUUGCCGCAGAUUUUUUUCCUCGAGAAAUACAUUUAUUGAUAAAACUCGUUGACAAACCAAAAUUAGGCAGCUAAUUUUUAUAUAUUCUGAAUCAGAAAAUUUUUGCGAAUUUUUUGAUAUAUAUCUUGACCGGUAAUUCCACACCCCAUAGAAGUACUUUCCUUGUGAAAAAAAUUUUCAUCGUAUGACCGUAAGGGGGAGAGUUCAGGCUCAACCGAAAAUUUUUGCAGAAAAAAGUGAUUUGCGGUCUUUUUUUGACCACUUGCUUUUCAGAAACGUCGACGAGAACCUGAAAUCCAUGAAUCCAUUGGACCACAUGCCUAUCGACGAUUUGGAGAAUGUCAAGUUGGUCAAUGAUCCCGAGUUUGACGGGAAGGUCCCCGAGGUCUUGGAGAACGUCCGAACCUACGUGUACGUGAGGAAGCUGGGCCAGGGCGGUUUCGGCGCGGUCUACAAGUACCGCGUGGGACACAUUGGCGAUGAAUUUGUGGCCAUCAAGUUUGUGAAGGCGUCGAAUGUCGAAGAACUCCGCUACGCCAAAAAGGAAUUCAUGCAGGCCCGGCAGAUCGAGCGGCUCUUGGGAGAGUGAGUUUGGGCGGGGAAUUGGUCUUAUACAGUGUGAAAAGGCUAUUUUUUGCACAGCAAUUCUUUAUUAUGCAAUUUUUGGAGACUUUUGAGUUUUAAAAUCUUGGAAAGUUUGAUAUUACCUUGUUUUAUUAGCCAUUUUGGAUUCUUUUCAGCCAAGACACCUUGAUCGUGACGAUCUUGGGAAUAGGCCGCAACGUGAGCGCCAUGUACAUGGUCAUGCCCUUCUACUACCGGACCUUGACCUUCCUUAUGUACGAGGAUGAGCCGCUUCAGCUCCAGAAGAAAUUGAUCAUCGCCUACCAUUUGUUGCGGCCAAUUUUGCAGCUCCAAAAGGUGAAGUACGCUCACUUGGACUUGAAACCGGAUAAUUACAUGCAAAGGAGUCCCUAUUCGAAUGCGGUAAGGACUUGGUGUUUUUGUUGCGUUAUUGCCAUUUGUUAUUCAUUCUUUUGUGAUGUCAUUUUCAGUGUAUUCUUUGCGACUUUGGACUGGCCAGACGUUUCGGUUGUAAGCGCGGCGGCGCCGAAGGCAGCGCCGACUACAUGUCAGUGGCGUCCCAUACCCAUCAACGCGUCACCCUGUUGGACGAUAUGCAGUCGUGGCUGAUCACGCUGAUAGCCAUCUUUCGGCAAGACCUUCCGUGGAGACUUGAAGGGAACCCGAGGGUGAGACCAACCUUUUUUGGCCAUGAUUGUUUUGCUUUUAGAUCAACUCAAAAGGGGAGGAGUCGGAGACGGGGUUGCACACCGAUCAGGCCGAUUACAGGGACAAGUUGUUCUUGAAGAACUUGUACUUUGAGAGUGUUGGGCGAAGUUCUGUCCAGGACACGGUUAUCUGCGAUUUGGCCGAAAUGAUCUGGUUCAAGGACAGGAGAGAUAUGAUCAGCAUGAAGCAGGUGCUGGCCUAUAUGGACAAGGUGAGUAGAUGCAAAAAAAUGGGAAAUUUGCAUAUUCAAAACUUUAUGCAAAUUAUUUUGUAUAUACGAAACUUGUCUUUCUUUUUACUCUCCGAAUUUUCAGCUCCCAGAGAAGUACAAUUUCAAGUACACGGAUUAUUGGUUCGACGAAAGGGUCAAGUACAAAGACGUCAAAUUAAGUCAAGCCGAUGACGUUACCCAGAAGUCUUCCGGAGAAUCUAAACCCUCUAAAUGA